AGAGAGUUGCAUCGGUCUGCCAUGUUGCAGGUCCGGCUUCCAUUAUAAAGCUUGCAUAGAGCCAUCGUCGUAGCCUGACAGAUUAUCGAAUACGCUUAGCCUGAGAAUCGAAUUAAAGCUGCCGAGCUCCAGAUCCUUCAAGGCUGGCCCAGCUAGUCGGCAGUCCUUUGCUUUAGUGCCCAAUGGCGAAAAGAGCUCCGAGGUGCGACAACAGUAGUAGCACUAGCCGUGUGGAGUGCCCGAUGAGCAUAUUGAGAUCACUUUCCAAAGGCCUGAACGCCGUGUCUUCGGUGGCUGUCGUCCUUGGAUCCCUGGGUGCAACGUUAGCAUUGCUAUUGUUUGCGGAGCCAGCAAGUGCCAUCGACUGCUUCACGUGUACAUCGUUGAAUCGCUCAAACGCAGGCUGUCAUGACCCAUUCCAUCCAACGGACGCACAUUACGUAAGCAACUGUAUGGUACCUAAAGAGGGGCACAUUGGGGUCUUUCCCGCCCAGUACUGUGUGAAACUCAAUGGAUUUUCAGUGCAAGGAAAUAUCGAGCUUACUAUUCGAGUAUGUUCAUUAGAAAGCAUGGACAACUCAUGCGGCAUGUUUCGUUAUCAAAACGAGUAUAUGCAGGGGUGUAUUUCGACCUGCGACGAAAACGGUUGCAACUCAGCCUUAUCAAAAUUAACCUCCUCAAGUUGGACCGCGCAUUGGUUACUGAUAGGAGUCAUCAGCUUCGUCUCGGUAUCCUUGUGCAAUAUCGCGGCACGGCUAUAGGAGUGUCCGUCUGAUAAAAGUACCCCCCGAGACCACCUCUGACCCCCGACAAGUAGGGCUGUAUGUUACACGAUAUGCCACCAAUACACCGUCGUAGGAAAAAAAAAAACCCAAUUUUUGGGCCCGUCUCUUUAGGUGCCGCCAAACAAUUUUCAUACUUUUCGCUACUGUCAAACUGCGGCAAAUCGACGGCGACGCUGUGUGUUGGUGCAGUAGCCCUCCGCGGUCCGAGGUCGCCAGAGUGGUUGUUCGCAGUUAGGCCAGGCGUACUAGGUUGUCGCAGGGCCAUAAACUAUUGCAUGAACCGUUUCCACAAUGGAGGUUUCCGUUUAAGAAUCAUUCCUCGCCGAAUUGCCGUGCAGCUGCC